UUGCGCUCUGUGAAGGCUUUGCGCAUUCACUCACCCGCCUUCCUCCUUGCCCGCUCGCUUUUGCCCGAUUUUGCCGCUCGCUCGGCGAUCCGUUGCCUCUGUGCGCCUUUGCGGAUGCUGAAUUUGUUGAAUGGUGAGGCGGCCGUGGGACUAGGGCACCAGCGACGGCACCGGGACACUUCCUCCGACUUCGUCCACUUCGCCGAGCCAGAGACAUGGCACACGACUCGGAGAAGCGGGAGAGAAUCGUCUACAAGCUGGUCUUGACCGGCGGGCCAUGUAGUGGGAAGACAACAGGCCAAGCAAGACUGUCAACAUUUUUCGAGAAUUAUGGCUGGAAGGUGUAUCGUGUGCCCGAGGCUGCCACUGUGUUGCUCAGUGGCGGCGUGCGGUUUCCGGAUCUGACACCUGCUGAAGUUGAAAGGUUCCAGGAGAAUCUCCUCAAGACCAUGAUGUCAAUGGAGGACACAUAUUUUGACUUGGCCAGGACAUGCGACAAGAACUGCCUCAUUAUCUGCGACCGUGGCACCAUGGAUGCCUCUGCAUUUGUUAGCAAGGAGAUUUGGGAGAAGAUUGUCAAAGCUCACAACUGGCAUACGGUGGACCUUAGGGACAACCGCUACAACCAGAUUGUUCACCUGGUUUCAGCUGCCAACGGAGCAGAGGAAUUUUAUAACACGGAAGACAACAGCUGUCGUACAGAGGGCAUCGAGCUGGCACGGGAGCGAGACAAGCUGGCAGCUCAAGCAUGGAUUGGUCACCCCUAUAUGGAUGUCAUCGACAAUUCCACAGACUUCAAUACCAAAGUGCGUCGGCUGAUAGAGUGUGUUUGUCGCCGAAUUGGUAUUGAAAUCGGUGAUCGGCUAGCGACCAACAGUCAUAAAGCCAAGUUCCUCGUUGGCUCCAUGCCACCAGACAGUGCAUUUCCCUCCUAUCAAGACUUCGAUGUUGUCCAUGAUUAUCUCAUCACUUCAAAUCCUAAGGCGCAGUCCCGACUUCGUAAGAGGGGACAACAUAAUUGCUGGAGCUACAUGCACACAAUACGAAAGUGUGACAUCAACAGCCAGACCAUCGAGCUCAAGCGUCAGAUCACACACAGAGACUAUAUUAACAUGCUGGCCCAGCGAGAUGACUCACACUACACUGUGUACAAGGUGCGCCGUUGCUUCCUCUGGAACCACAUGUACUUCCAGCUGGACAUCUACAAGAAGCCUUGCCACGCCAGGUGCAAUGGUCUCAUUCUGCUCGAGACGUACACGACACACAGUCCCGAGGAGCUCCCGCAGCUGCUGCCUCCUUUCCUUGACAUCCGCAAGGACGUGACGAGCGACCCCAACUACUCCAUGUUCUGCCUCUCGUACAAGGGGGACAAGCCGCCAACUCCCAUCUUCAACUGCGUCACCAACGGUCACAGGGCACCUAUCGCUACCACGCUCGUUUCCGACGACAAUGACACCUCCAACCACCUCAACUUGAGCAAGCUGAGCACGGGCAGCGCCAAAUCCGCGUAGAGGCGCGCAAUGUCUCCUCAUUUCAUUCGUUGUACUACACAUCCCCGCAUGACAGACUACUGAUAAGUUGACAGUCAAACGAUGUCUGCAUGGCAGUCUGACCCGCAAGGCAAGCACGAGCCACUGCUCGUGCUGCAAUUCACUGUACAAAAGCAUGUAAGGGCUGCCACAUCUUUUGUAAGAUUUCGAUUCGCGAUUAUUCUAAACGUGACUUGUAGCAAACAAAGUUAAGGGCAUUAUGAUGUGGCUGUAGAACUGUUCAGACAGUCACAGAUUGCAUAACAUGGCAGACGGCAAAAGCUGCGAGUCGUCUGACUCGUGAACCUCGCCUCAUGCACUAGUGUAAGAAUCCGUGAAAACUUAUUGCGUGGCGUGUAGGAAUAUGCGUGUGCCUCUGCAAACUUUUGUAUAUUUGAGUAGUUCAAAUUUUUAAUGUUUAUUUGUAGUGCAGCCCUUGCACACAAUGCCCUCACGCGUGCCCUGUCGCCUGCAUUCCGGGCACUUGUGGAAUUCCGUGCAGUGCGUGGACUGCUGAUGUUGGUCACCACGCCGCUUAGACUUGCUCUUGCCGGUCAGUCUUUUCACCCACACUUGUACGUAAUGUUUCGUCCCUUAACGAUUUCGAGUGCCGUUGGCUCACGACCUUAUGGAAAAGGGCACAUGAUGACAAUUUUGUGCACUGCUCUGCAAGCUGAUAUGGUUGCAUCUCUUAGUUCACUUUGACUUUACUGUGAUUGGUGGUAUUUGUUGCAUAUAUUUUGAUCACAUUUUGUAAUCGUGCUCGCUAUGAGUAGAUUGGCUUGCAAGUCAGCACAUUUGCAAAGCUCUCCUGGGAGGGCAAGUGAGCUUACUUUUCUUUCUGGUGCUUUUUAAUGUCACCUGAUGAUUUCAAUGUCGUUUUUAAAGUUAUUUUUACUUUCGUUAUUAUUACUAUUCCAGAUAAGACAGAAUGUAGCAUGUUUACCACUCACUAAGCCCUAGCCAGGCCUGUGUUGUUUGGUGAAUGAAUUCUUCUUCCACGUGCAUUUGCAAUGAAAUCGGUGCGUUUAAAUGUGAGCUUAACGUACACAGUCAUGCAUACAUGCCUUGUUUGCCCACGAAUCUUCAAUACUAGAUUGUUGCGCUGUUUUUUUUCCCCUUCUGCCUAGCCACUAAGUAAGACAGUGUUAUUAGUCCAAGGUUGUUGUUUUUGCCUACUUGGAGACCUCUCAUUGCACGUUACUGGGCACGUUACUGGCCCUUUCGUAUUGCCAGUGUUCCAAUGCCUUGCGCAACCCCAUUUAGAGGUCUGCUAUUUGUCAGUAGGUAAUUCUGCGUAGAAAGCACACUGUAGUGCUGAUUCUGUUCUAUGUGGCCAGGGUGUUUGUCCCCUGCGUGUUUAUGUACAGGCUCCGUAGUUGAACUGAACUGAUGACGCAUAUGUAUGUUGUAAUUCCUUGUUUAUAUCACAUGUGCUGCAAGCGUGGCUGCGCAAGAGAAACUUGGCAUGCCACUGUACUUACGUUUAUCGCUUUUUUAUGGCACUCGGCGUUGAAACAUGAGCCUUUUGUUUGUUGCUUUUCUCACUGCGCAAAACCUCACUUUGUGUACUAUUUUCCUGUUCCUGGUUUGAAGGAGCUGUGAUGAAGCGGUUAGUUAACGGCGUCGCAUGUUCGGCCCUGUGAUUGUCUUGAGCGUGAGCUCCUGGGAGGGUCAAGCGUUGCGUGGUGCGAGUCGACGCACUUCCACUGAUGUAGCAUUGUACUUAACUUUACACUCUGUUAUGGAUGGUAACUGGCUUUGAAUGGGGUGCCUAGAGCCUGCAGACUUCUGCAGAGUUGGUUUUGAGAGUUUACAUAGCUGAACUGUCCUUACUCGGGGCAGAUUCAGGUUCUUCUGGGGACAUCAGUGGUGAACAUUGUGCGCAGGCAGUUCGUCGAGCAAGGUGGCGUCAGUGCCCUGCCGGUGAUAAGAGAAAGUUCAGCACACUCCUCCACCCGCCAAAUCUGUCUCGGGCAUUUCCAAUUGUGUAGGAAGUUGCAUCUUUUUCCGCUCCUUCUCUUUGCGCUUUGUCUGUGAUUGUGUAUGCACCAAGAUGACGCAGGAACACAGGUACCGAAGAUAAUUAUAUUUAUAAAAGUGCACUGCAUGCCUUGGGCGACAUUUCCAGUUAAAGCUGCAAUGCACUAUUAUAUCUGCGUUUGCUGCGAUCACGUAACCGGUUCUUCGAUAUCAACGUCUUUAUCGGAGAUGUUUUUCGAAAAUGCUGGGCGUUUCAGCAUGUCGCAGUUGAUGCAGUUGUUCUUGUACAUCGGAUAUUUUUAAGUGUUCCGCCACGAGAAGUCAUCAUCUGUAGCUUCAUAAAACUCUUGCGAAAACGGACAAAUUUGUUCAAUUGCUGUCUGUGUUAACAAUGCAGAACCUGAAGCAAAUGCAUUAAAACUAACAUUUCAAUGUAUAGAAUCAGCUGAAGUCUGAUGGGAGAUGUAGCGGAGUUGCAGACUAGCCAUUUUCUUUUUUUCAUCCCCUGGUUGCACUGUUUUCGGUUACCUCGUGUGACGGUUUCUCGAGAGUUGCAACUGAUGCCGUGCCUUACCCGUUGCUGCGAAAGGUUUUUUGUUACGUCGUUCUGGGGGCAAGACUGUUAUGGAGGAGCGCGUGCACAAACGAAUUAUAUUUAGAUUUGUGUGCCACAACAUGCAAGAGCACUAAUUUUUAAAGUCAUGUUCACCUAACACGUUGAAGUGUCAUUAUUACAGUUUUAGCAGUUCAGUUCCUUCCAUCACUUUUCCUCACUAGUAUUUCAUAUUACGCUGCAAUCUCGUCUAGUCCAUCUUUUCUCCCUACAAUUGUCACUGUUCGUUGUAAUCCAGAUCUGGGAGUUCCUGGGCAUUUUGAGUACUUAGAUCUGACGUGUUCUUUUUUAAAACUGUUAUGCUAGUAACCGCGCAGAAUGUAUGAAACUGUGGUCAGUUUUGAAGUCGACUGUCUCUAUUUCAGUGACGAGUUAGUUCGGCGUGAUAAACUUUCAAUUGGGGCAAGUUUACAAGCACCACGACACAACAUUAUCUCACCACCUUUCAUUAAUAGGACAGCACUUCUGUAGUGCUUAAGUGCGUCACACGUGCAGUUUUUCCAAUGUGUGCAAUAUUAUUUAUACAAUAGAUAUUGACCCAAGUGCACUGAAAUACACUGGGUUGCUUUGCAAAUGCAUUUACUGUUAAUUUACCUGGUUGUGCUUAGUUUUAUACAGUACAGAUCUGAGUUAACUCAGUGUGGACUGUGUGCCUCUGUACGAGUUGUUCUGGUCCAAUAUUAAGUUUUUGCCAAUCUCAGUGCACUGAAAUACGCUGGGUCGCUUUGCAAAUGCAUUUGGUAUUAAUUUGCCUGGUUGUGCUUAGUUUUAUGCAGUUUUAUGAGUUAAACCAGUGUGGACUUGGUGCCUCUGUACGAGUUGUUCUGGUCCAAUAUUAAAUAUGUGCUGAUCUCUCCCCUUUUUCUGCCGGACUGCGCUUGUUCUGUGUUGUGAUAGUGGAGAGGUAAUUUUCAUGCGUAACACUGCAAAAAUGGUGAAUGCGUUGCCGGAGUCUGAAUUUUUUCCUAUUUUGGUUAUGAUGUCCGUAGUUGAUGUUUUUAGAUGUCCCCACUUUUGUUGGAUAUAUAUGAUGGCAUCGAUGAUUAAAGUGGAGUGCACCAA